AUAUAACCAUCAAAAUAAAUAAGUCUUUUAUAAGAUCUUGUGAGCGGAUAUGGACUAAUAAGUCUUUUUACCUGUGCAGACAACAAAUAUGACUUUUUUAAAAGCAUAUUAUUAGCAAGCGCCCUCUUUUAUAAGGGCGGGCAUGGAAGCAAUUUUCUCUUGAGAGUACUAAAUAAACACCAUCUCCUAUACCACACCAUCUCAACCCACAAACCAUGAACUCAACUCCACUCCUCCAGCUCCGCCCAACCACCUUCUUGUUCUUCUUCUUCAUAACUUUAUCUGUCCAAUUAUCAAGCUCAGCAGACACUAACAUUCUCCUCAGCUUUAAAAACACAAUCACGGACAACAACAGAGCUCUGCAAAACUGGGUAACAGGGUCCAACCCUUGCACUGGCAACAAAACAAACUGGACCGGAAUAAUAUGUGGUGAGGACAACACCAUCCUUGGCUUAAAGUUUGAAAACAUGAAUCUUUCCGGCAGCCUGAGCCUGGAGAACCUCUCAAGCUUGCCCCGCCUCCGAACAUUAAGCUUCAAGAACAAUAAUUUUAAUGGCGAGAUGCCGAGCAUUCGUCGUCUCAGAGGACUCCGGUCAAUAUACUUAUCAAUGAACAAGUUCUCCGGUGAACUUCCAAAGAAUGCUUUUGAAGGGAUGGGAGGGUUGAGAAGGGUGCACCUAUGGAUGAACCAGUUCAAUGGGUCAAUUCCAGAGUCUCUAACUAGUUUGCAGAGGCUGGUGGAACUGAGAUUGGAUGAUAACCAGUUUGAUGGUGGCUUGCCGGAGCUUCGGCAGCCAGGGUUGGUGCUGGUGAAUGUAUCUAAUAACAACCUCAGUGGAGAGAUUCCUAGUUCUCUCAGCAGUUUUGAUCCUAGUUUAUUCACAGUAUGUUCAGGUAACAAGGAUCUAUGUGGAGCACCCUUAACGGUGCAAUGCACAAAGGAGAAGGUAUCAAAGAAACUAUCAGCACCACUAGUCCUUUCACUUGCGGUUGUUGUCAUUGCUGUUGUUUUAGCAAUUGCCAGUGUGAACAUCGCCACCCAGCACCACCGGAAAGACAAGAAAGAGAAAUUAAUUGUGGCUAGAGAAAUUCCAUCACCAGCAAAGCAGGAGGAUUCUUCUCAGAGCAUUAACUUUUCAUAUGCCAAUAACAGUGAUGAGUAUGAAGAAAGGAAUUUAGCACAAGAGCAAGGGAAACUAAUGUUUGUGAGGGAGGAAAGGGAGAGGUUUGAGAUUGAGGAUUUGCUCAAAGCUUCAGCACAGGUUUUAGGGAGGGGAGGCUUAUACUCAUUAGGUUCAUCCUACAAAGCCAUAAUUACGAAUGGGCCAUGCAUGGUAGUCAAGAGGUUCAGGAACAUGAACCAAGUUCACAAAGAUGAAUUCUAUGAACACAUGAACAACUUGGGAAAGUUGUCUCACCCUAACCUUCUACCAUAUAUAGCCUACUAUUACAGGAAAAAAGAGAAGUUAUUCAUAACUCACUACAUCCCUAAUGGAAGCCUGGCCAAACUCCUUCAUAACAACAACACAAUGCUGAACUGGAGCACAAGAUUAAAGAUAGUGAAAGGAGUGACAUGGGCAUUGGCUUACCUCCAUGAAACUCAACAUAUGAAGAAGGUAACCAUUCCACACGGGCACCUGAAGUCUUCAAAUGUGCUUCUUGAUGAAUCCUUUGAGCCACUCCUCACUGACUACGGGCUUGAGCCUGUGAUCAGCCAGACACAAGAAUUGCAGGGAAUGGUGGUUUACAAGUCCCCGGAGUUUCUGCAGUAUGGGAGGGCAAACAAGAACAGUGAUGUUUGGAGCCUGGGGAUACUGAUACUUGAAUUGCUAACAGGUAAGUCACCUGGAAAUUAUGAAAGAAGAGGGAAAGGAGAGGAUACUAAUCUUGUGAGCUGGGUUAAGUCAGUAGUAAGUGAAGAGUGGACAGGAGAAGUGUUUGAUGGGAAGAUGAUGAGGACUAGGAACAGUGAAGGGGAUAUGUUGAAAUUAUUGCAAAUUGGAUUAGGGUGCUGCGAAUGCAAUCUGGAGAAGAGAUGGGAUCUAAAGAGAGCAGUGACAGAUAUAAUGGGGUUGAAGAAUAAAGAUAACAAUGAAGAUGACAGCUCAUUUUUUCUCAGUGAUGCAGGAGGAGAGGGGUAUUACUAUUCUUCUACAGCAAUGACUGAUGAUGACUUCUCUUUCACUCCUAAUAACCUGGGACCUGGCUAUCAUUAACCCAUCUAUGGAUUUAUCUAUGAGUAUGACAGAAUUCUAGGUUUUGUUGUGUUUGUGAGCAUGAUAAUAAUGUCAAAUGAAGCAUCUGUAUGUUCUAAGAAUUGCUUAUCCUUCUAUUGAGUGUCUUGGAAUGCUUGUAGUUUGGCCAAAAACUAGUUUAGUUUCUCAAAUUCCAGUUUUCAAUCUUAAUACAGUCCAUGACAAACAGGGGAUGCAAAAGUGUAUUUUCCCAAUCAUUCAAUACAAUCUAAACAACAAUGUAUUUUUACCUUACUACCAGAGUUAGAUCUCAUAGAAUAAAUUAGUAUAACAAAGUAUUUUGAGCAUAAAGGCAUCAACUCUAUAGGAAAAACUGGAGAAAAAGUACCUAGAUAGAAUCCUCAUCACUAAGAAGCAUACUAUCCAUUUCUCAAAG